AUGCUGGGCUACGCCACUCGACUUCAGCACUUUACAUCUACAUGCCAUCCAAGAAGCAACUCAUCGCAGCCGUCGAGCGCCUCUCGUCCUCUAGAGGGUGUAAUAGUCGUUAGUAUCGAGCAAGCAAUUGCAGCACCAUAUUGCACUAGACAACUGGCGGACAUGGGAGCACGAGUGAUCAAAGUUGAGCGUCCCGGAGUGGGCGAUUUCGCACGGGACUAUGAUACGCGAGUGGAUGGGCUGGCCUCUCAUUUUGUGUGGACGAAUCGAUCCAAGGAGAGUUUAGCGCUCGACCUGAAAAAACCUAAAGAGCUGGGAAUGUUGAAGAAACUCCUGGGACAAGCGGAUGUCUUGGUUCAAAAUCUGGCUCCUGGUGCGACGGCGCGAAUGGGACUUUCCUACGAAGCUCUACGAGCCGAAAACCCAAAGUUGAUCGUAUGCGACAUUUCCGGGUACGGGCAGGAUGGCCCGUACCGUACCAAGAAAGCUUAUGACCUACUCAUUCAGAGCGAGUCGGGCAUGCUUUCUGUCACCGGAACGGGGAGCGAGCCAGCAAAGGUCGGCAUCUCCAUUGCGGAUAUUGCAGCUGGCAUGUAUGCGUACACCAACAUCCUAGCCGCGAUUUUGCAACGCCAGAAAACGGGUCAGGGUUGUAAGAUUGAUAUCUCUAUGCUUGAGAGCAUGGUGGAAUGGAUGGGCUUUCCCAUGUACUAUACGCACAAGAAGGCUCCUGGCCCGACGCCCGCCGGCGCCUCCCACGCAGCUAUAUACCCAUACGGUCCAUUCGAAACAGGUGAUGGCCAAUCUGUCAUGCUCGGAAUCCAGAACGAACGAGAAUGGACUACGUUCUGCGUCCAACUACUCGACAAUGCCGACCUCGUCAAGGACCCUCGUUUCUGCAACAACUCCCAGCGCACAGAGAACCGCACCGAACUACGAGACAUCAUUUAUGACGCAUUCUCGAAGUUGACAGCCGCAGAAGCGGUCGCGCAGCUGGACAGCGCGGGCAUCGCCAAUGCUAACGUGAACGACAUGCAAGGAGUAUGGGAUCAUCCACAGCUUCGUGAACGAGGCCGCUGGACGGAGGUGGACACUCCGAUCGGCCGUGUUCCAGCUCUAAUUCCGCCGGGUGUCCCGUCACAUGGAACAGAAGACAGCUUGAGAGCGCGUAUGGACCCGGUGCCAGCGGUGGGCGAGCAUAAUGCAGCUAUUUUCAAGAGUUUUGGAUUGGAGGAUUCUUCGUAG